GCAAACUGAAAUCAUACUGACUACAUCAAUUCCCCACCACCCGAUCUUCUCUCCCUCUUCAUUCUCUACAACUCGAUCCAAUCCAGACAGUUUAGUCGCAUCCAAACCAUAGUCACAAUGGGUAUCCUUGAGAAGCUUUCCCGCAAGUCCGGCGUCAUCGUCGGUGAUGACGUCCUCCGUCUCUUCGAGUACGCUCAGGAGAAGCAAUUUGCUAUUCCCGCCAUUAACGUCACCUCCUCUUCCACCGUCGUCGCUUGCCUUGAGGCCGCUCGCGACCAGAACUGCCCCAUCGUUCUCCAGAUCUCUCAGGGUGGUGCUGCCUACUUCGCUGGAAAGGGUGUCAGCAACGAUGGCCAGAAGGCCUCCAUCGCUGGUUCCAUCGCCGCUGCCCACUACAUCCGCAGCAUUGCUCCCGCCUACGGCGUUCCCGUCGUCCUCCACACCGACCACUGCGCCAAGAAGCUGCUUCCUUGGCUCGACGGUAUGCUCGACGAGGAUGAGCGCUACUUCAAGCAGCACGGCGAGCCCCUCUUCUCCAGCCACAUGAUCGAUCUGUCUGAGGAGCCCGUUGACUACAACAUUGACACCACCGCCAAGUACCUGAAGCGUGCUGCCCCUAUGAAGCAGUGGCUCGAGAUGGAAAUCGGUAUCACUGGUGGUGAGGAGGACGGUGUCAACAACGAGGACGUUGACAACAACUCCCUGUACACUCAGCCCGAGGACAUCCUGGCCAUCCACAACGCUCUCGCCCCCAUCAGCCCCUACUUCUCCAUUGCCGCUGGUUUCGGUAAUGUCCACGGUGUCUACAAGCCCGGCAACGUCCGUCUGCACCCCGAGCUUCUGAAGAAGCACCAGGCCUACGUCAAGGAGAAGAUCGGCUCCAAGAAGGACAAGCCCGUCUACUUCGUCUUCCACGGUGGCUCUGGUUCCAGCAAGGAGGAGUACAAGGAGGCCAUCAGCUACGGUGUCGUCAAGGUCAACCUCGACACCGAUAUGCAGUACGCCUACAUGUCCGGUGUCCGUGACUACGUUCUCAACAAGAAGGACUACCUCAUGACCCCUGACAAGCCCAACAAGAAGCACUUCGAUCCCCGUGUGUGGGUUCGUGAGGGUGAGAAGACCAUGAGCAAGCGUGUGCAGGUUGCUCUGGAGGACUUCAACACUGCUGGCCAGCUGUAGAAGGUCUUGACUUGGACGUUCUUCUACCUUUGACUUGGGAAAACCGAGAUUUCUAUUUAUCUUCCAGAUACCAGUACAUAAAAUGAGCAAAUGAAUGGA